AUGAGGCGGUUUGCGUUUUUGUUGACGCUUUGCGCGUUUGGACUGCUGGCGCAGGCCCGCGACAUUCGUCACGAAAUUCCGGUGGAGCUGCCGGAGUUUGGCAACUUUGCUACUCCAUGCACGGUGCGACUUACUGGUGAUCUUCCUCGUCCUCAGCCAUUGAUCUUGAUCCCUGGUACGGACCAGUUCCGCUACCCGACCACCAGCAGCGGGCUGCUAGAGCUGAACGCUGGUGAGACGCUGGAGCUGGCUUGCCAAGACGGUUUUGGUCUGUUCCCGGGAAAGAGCUCGAUCAACAUCGCUUGCGUGAUCGGCGAUCAGUUCAACUACGAUGGCCAGAUGUACGCGUUCCGCGAAUUUGCUUGCACGGAGAACUGGCUGAGUACUGCACGUCGUACCGCCCAGCGGUGCUUCAAUGGAGCGACGAUCGUGGAGGUCGGAUUCGCCGUCGGUCCGCGAUUCCCGAAAAUUAUGGACGUUUGCCACGACGAGGUGACGUUCGACAACCACUACAUCGUGCACGAGUUUAUCCCGGCCAACGCCGGAUUCCAGCAGGGCGUUCCCCGCCCAAGCUGGUAUCAGGGUGACUUCUAUCCCGGAAUCAACAUUAAUGGCCUGUACACCGUCAACACCCAGCGGGCCACUCUAGCCACCAUCUUGGGCUCGCAAGCCCGAGCCGAUGAUCUGGUCCAUGGCACCGAAAAUGGUAUCUUCAUGGCACGUGGACACAUUGCCGCACGCGCUGACUUCAUCUACGGAACGCAGCAGAACGCCACCUUCUGGUUCCUGAACGCAGCACCGCAAUGGCAGAACUUCAACGCCGGCAACUGGGAGCGCAUCGAGGCCGCAGCGAAAACGUUCGUUGCCUCGCGCAACAUUCGCGUGCGUGUUUACGGUGGAACCUACGGUGUACAAACGCAGGCCAACGGAAACGGCGAUCACCGGGAGAUCUUCCUCGACUUCAACGCCAAUGGACGUACGAGGGUUCGUGCACCGAAGAUCUACUACAAGAUUCUGCACAACGAGGCUCAGAACUCCGGGAUCGUGCUGAUCGGUGUCAACAACGUACACAUUUCGCUGGAAGAAAUCCGCCGGGACUACAUCUUCUGCACGGACGUGAGCAGCCGCAUCGGAUGGAUCAAUUGGGAGCGGGAAAAUCUGGCCCUCGGCUAUUCGUACGCAUGUGAAGUGAACGAGUUCAACCGAGCCCGCGAUAUCAGGCAGGAUAUUCCGGUGGAUCUACCAGAUAUUUUAAACUUCGCUACUUCAUGCAUGGUUAAUCUAACUCGUGAUCUUCCACGUCCCCAACCAUUGAUCUUGAUUCCUGAUACGAACCGGUUCCGCUAUCCAACCACCAGCAGCGGCCAGCUACAGCUUAAAGCUGGAGAGAAGCUUGAACUGGCUUGUCAGGAAGGUUUUACCCUUUUCCCGAAAAAGAAAUCAAUCAAAAUCGCGUGCGUGAUCGGCGAUCAGUUCAACUACGAUGGCCAAAAGUACGCGUUAAGCAAAUUUGCAUGUACCAAAAACUGGGUAAGUAGCGCUCGUCGGACAACUCAACGGUGCUUCAACAAAGCGACAAUCGUAGAGGUCGGGUUCAUCGUUGGCUCGCGGUUCUCGAAAAUUAUGGACGUCUGCCAUGACGAGGUGACAUUCGAUAACCAUUACGUCAUGCACGAGUUUACUCCAGCCAACGCCAGGUUCCAAGAGAUAACCACCCCCCGUCCAAACUGGAAUCAGGGUGACUUCUAUCCCGGUAUCAACAUUAAUGGCCUGUACACCGUCAACACCCAGCGGGCCACUCUAGCCACCAUCUUGGGCUCGCAAGCCCGAGCCGAUGAUCUGGUCCAUGGCACCGAAAAUGGCAUCUUCAUGGCACGUGGACACAUUGCCGCCCGGGCGGACUUCAUCUACGAAACGCAGCAGGAUGCUACGUUUUGGUUUCUGAACGCAGCUCCACAAUGGCAGAACUUUAAUAAUGGCAACUGGAAGCAGAUUGAGGCUGCUGCGAAAACGUUCGUCGCCUCGCGCAAUAUCCGUGUGCGCGUUUACGGUGGAACUUACGGUGUACAAACGCAAGCCGAUGACAAUGGAGACCACCAUCAGAUCUUCCUCGACUUCGAUCCCAAUGGACGUACGAGGCUGCGCGCCCCGAAGAUCUACUACAAAAUCCUGCACAACGAGGCUCAGAACUCCGGGAUUGUGCUGAUCGGUGUCAACAACGUGCACAUUUCGCUGGAAGAAAUCCGCCGGGACUACAUUUUCUGCAAGGACCCACUAAUCUUGAUUCCUGGUACGGACCAGUUCCGAUAUCCAACCACCAGUAACGGACUGCUACAGCUUAACGCUGGUGAGACGCUUGAGCUGGCUUGUCAGGAAGGUUUUGCCAUUUUCCCGGGAAAGAGCUCAAUCAAUAUCGCGUGCGUGAUCAACGAUCAGUUCAACUACGAUGGCCAGAUGUACGCGUUCCGCGAAUUUGCGUGUACCAAAAACUGGGUAAGUAGCGCUCGCCGGACUACUCAACGAUGCUUCAACGAAGCGACAAUCGUAGAGGUCGGGUUCAUCGUUGGCUCGCGAUUCUCGAAAAUUAUGGACGUCUGCCAUAACGAGGUGACAUUCGACAACCACUACAUCGUGCACGAGUUUAUCCCGGCCAACGCCGGGUUCCAGCAGGGGGUUCCCCGUCCAAACUGGUAUCAGGGUGACUUCUACCCCGGCAUCGAUACUGACGUGCAGUACCGAGUCAUCACUCAGAGGGCCACGAUUGCUACCAUCUUAAACUCGCAGCCCCGAGCCGACGAGAUAGUGCAGGGUACCGACAAUGGUAUCUUCAUGGCACGCGGGCACAUUGCAGCCCGGGCGGACUUCAUCUACGGAACGCAGCAGAACGCUACCUUCUGGUUCCUGAACGCAGCACCACAAUGGCAGAACUUCAACGCCGGCAACUGGGAGCGGAUUGAAUCUGCGGCAAAAACGUUCGUCGCCUCGCGCAACAUCCGUGUGCGCGUUUACGGUGGAACUUACGGCGUACAAACGCAAGCCGAUGACAAUGGAGACCAUCAUCAGAUCUUCCUCGACUUCGAUCCCAAUGGGCGUACGAGGCUGCGCGCCCCGAAAGUCUACUACAAGAUCCUGCACAACGAGGCUCAGAACUCGGGGAUCGUUCUGAUCGGUGUCAACAACGUACACAUUUCGCUGGAGGAAAUCCGCCGGGAUUACAUCUUCUGCACAGACGUGAGCAGCCGCAUCGGAUGGAUCAAUUGGGACAGGGAAAAUCUGGCCCUCGGCUACUCGUACGCAUGUGAAGUGAACGAGUUCAAUCGGGUGACUGGCCACCUGCCACAGCUGAACGUUGCCAGCUUUUCACAUAACAUUUUAGCGCGUGACGUUGCGCAAUCGCGCGACUUUGAAUUCCGUCAGUCUGGCGACCACUGUAUGGUUCCCUUCAAUGCGCUGCCGUACCCGGAGCAACCCCUGAUACUGAUACCAGGCACCGAAAACUUUUGGCACCCAACGGAUGAGACCAGGGUGGUGCAUUUUCCAGCGAACGCUACGGUUGAGCUGGCCUGCCGGGACGGGUUUAGGUUGUUCCCGGAGACGAACAGUAUCACGGUGAAAUGCGAUGCCGAUACACAGUUCUCGUACGACGGUAAGCAGUACGAGAUGGCAGUGCUUGCCUGCAACUCGUAUUGGCUGAGUUCUGCCCGAACUACACAGGAACGGUGUCUUCAGGGUGCGGGCGAGAUCGUGCAGAUCGGGUUCCCGCUGUCGACGGAUCGCUGGGUGAAUGUGUUUGAUGUAUGCUACGAGGAGAAGCUGUACCAUACACACUUCGUAAGGCAUCGCAUGACACGGGCCAACGGUGGUUAUCAGUCCGGCAAUCCACGGCCUUCCUGGUAUCAGGGACCGUACUAUACGGACGUGAACAUCAAUAACCUGUACACAGUUAACCGACAGCGGGAAACUAUUGCCAUCAUCCUGGGUUCCCAGGACCGAGCCGACGAGCUGGUGCAAACGACUGCCAACGGAAUCUACAUGGCCCGGGGACAUAUCGCCGCCCGGGUUGACUUCAUUUACGGUACGGAGCAGAACGCGACCUUCUGGUUCCUGAAUGCCGCCCCACAGUGGCAGAACUUUAAUGGAGUCAACUGGGAGCGAGUAGAGUCCUCCAUCCGAGACUUUGUCGGAAGCCGUGACCUUGAGCUUACCGUGUACAGUGGCACGUACGGCGUUCAGAAGCUAGCGGACGGUAACGGUGACUACCAGGAGAUCUGGCUUGACUUUGACGCCACGGAGGGUACUCGGCGUGCCCCGGCUCCAAUGCUGUACUACAAGAUCCUGCACGACGAGCGUAACAACGCCGGUAUCGCAAUCGUAGGCGUUAACAACGUGCACGUUCCGCUCGACGUUAUCCUCAAGGAGUACGUCCUGUGUCGGGAUAUCGGCGAUGAGGUCGAUUGGAUUGAUUGGCAGCGGAAGAACCUCACGAUCGGCUACUGCUACGCCUGCGAGGUGAACGAGUUUAAUGCCGCCAUCGGCAAGCCGCAUCCUCAGCUCGAUGUCGCGCGCCUUCUCACGGGCGGUGCCGGCGAACGGUUGGCCGUUUCGUUCGGUGCUUUGCUGGUACUUGUCGCCCAUCUUGCCUCUCGUGCCUUCACACCCGCAUAA